GUGGUGGCCACGGAGGGGUGGAUCUCAAGAGCUAUAAAGCCUUUCUCUGCCGCGUGGAGCUGGUGAGGACAGCCCGCCAGAGUCCGGUCCCCCGACGCCAUGGGCGCCCGAUCCUUCCUGGCUCUCUUCCUCAUCCUCUUGCUGUUGGCAUCCGAGGCCCAGGGGGCCCACGUGCCGCCGCAAGAUGAGCCCGACAGCCCGGCCCUGCUCACCAAGGUGCAGGAAUCCCUCUACGGCUACUGGGAUACAGCCAAGGCCACUGCCCAGGACCUGUACAGGAAGACUUACCUGCCCACCGUGGACGAGAAAAUCAGGGACAUGUACAGCAAAAGCACGGCAGCUGUGACCAUCUAUGCAGGGAUUUUCACUGAUCAGGUCCUUUCUCUACUGACUGGAGACCAUUAAGAACUGGACCCCCAAGUGUGCGAGAGGGGCGAGCCCUUGGCUCCCCUGAUCUACUCCCCCUACUUCCUAGCAACUCAGCAUCCUGCUCCCAACUCUCUGACCUGACUUCUUAUCAAUAAUAAAAAAAAAAUGCCCAGUUCA